AUGCAGCGGAAGAAGAGACGGUCGUCGUCCAGUAAUUCUUUCUCUCGUGUCUCUUCUUCCCUGGAAACCAAUAAGAACACCUCCAAAACGUCGACGUAUUGCGUCCUUCCCUUUUCCAACCGCCGCAUUUUGGGUGGAGGCGACACUCUACUUGAUCGUCGCUGUACCAAUUGUGAUACAACGUCUACGCCGCUAUGGAGGAAUGGUCCUCGAGGUCCCAAGUCUUUAUGCAAUGCGUGUGGAAUUCGUUUCAAGAAAGAAGAGAAGAGAACGAUAAAUCCUGUAGUGACAGCUGGCAGCACCGGAGCGCAAGAUCAGUACGGACAACAACAUCACUCAAGUUAUAGUAACUACAAUGAUGUUGAGAAUGGAUCGUCAUCGACAUGCAAUUUCGUAGCCAGCGAGAUCAUGUUCAACCAUGACUACUACGGCGGUGCUGGAGAGUAUUACCGACGGGAUCCUGUCGACGGAGUGAACGGCCUAACGUCCAACACGUGGAGACUUAACGUUGCGGAUACGGCAACGAGUCUUGUCUAUGACUUUACGAGGUGA